CUCGUAAAAACCUAAUCUUUUCGAUUACCUCUUGUUUUUUUUUUGUUUUUCCGUGUCCUCUGAAAACUGAUGCGUAUCAAGGUAGGACACCUAGCUAUUGGGAAACCACAAUGAGCUCGAGCAGAACGAGGAACGGCCCCACGCUUAAUUUCAAGGCGGUGCUGCUGGGCGAAGGUACGUUUAGCAGCUAAACAAACCUAAUUAGUUCCUGAAAGCUUUAACCCCUUAAUUGUAGGUUGUGUGGGCAAGACGUCGCUGGUGCUGCGCUACAUGGAAGACCGGUUCAAUGCCCAGCACCUAAGCACCCUGCAGGCUUCCUUUGUCAGCCGCAAGAUGUCCCUGGAGGAUGGGAGAAGGGCGCAGUUGAAUAUUUGGGACACGGCUGGUCAGGAGCGGUUCCACGCCCUGGGACCCAUCUACUAUCGCGGCUCCGAUGGCGCCCUGCUCGUCUAUGACAUAACGGACCGAGACUCGUUCCAGAAGGUCAAAUCCUGGGUGCGGGAGCUCCGGCAAAUGCGCGGCACGGAGAUUGCCUUAAUAAUCGUCGGCAACAAGACUGAUUUGGAGGAACAGCGAGCAGUAACGCACGAUGAGGCCCUUCAAUAUGCGCGCACGGUUGGCGCUCAAUAUGUAGAAACUUCGGCCAAGGAGAACGAGGGGGUGGCUGAGCUCUUCGAGCUCCUGACCCAGCUGAUGCUGGAGCAGUUGAGCCAACGGCAACCGGAUGCGAGUCCACUUCGCCUCCAGAAUCCGGAUACGGAUAACCUUAACAACUCCGAUGACUCGGAGGCCCCGGAUCCCGGAGAUCCUGCGGGCCAGCGGUCCUGUUGCGGCAUUUAGCCGUUCCCAUUGUGAUAGUAAUCAUAACUAUAAAAUAGUAGACCUUUAACCGAUGUUGAUCUUGUGUAUAUAUUAUACAUAGAUAGAUAUAAAUAUAAAUACGCGUAUUUUUAUUAUUCCCUAUUAUGGAUCUUUAAAAUCCUCACACAUUUUUGUUUAUUAAUAAAUAUAAAUAUGUAUUUCAUUCGAUUUUCUUGCCCUUCCUGAGCGCCCAGUAAUAAACAAUCUUGUACUUGC